UUCAGGUUGAUUAUAGUUUAUGUUAUGACUUUAUGGCAACAUCUGUAUUCUCUUUUAGCAUUGUGAUUUGUGAUGUCGUCGUCAAGUAACGAAUUUCGUCUUAUUUUCUAAGAUUAAUCAAGAUUUUCCGGAAUUCUGCUAGUGUACGUGAUUACUUUUGAUCUAUCUUAUGUGUCGAAUAGUGACUUAUUGUGAAAUUUGUUUUGUGUUGGACUGUAACUGAAAUAGGACUUUGUGAUAAGUUUCUGAUUUUAGCCUCCCGUAAAGGGCAAAAAUUGGCAAAAUGAUGACAGAAAGUAGAAUUAGCUCGAGUAAUCAUGUAGGCAAUAGCAUGAAUAAUCAGAAAGGAGAACUUGAUAAAACACUAGAAGACAUUGGAUGGAAAUCAAAAUUAAAAGUACCCCCUAAAGACAGAAGAAUAAAGACAAGUGAUGUUACUGACACAAGAGGAAAUGAAUUUGAAGAGUUUUGCCUUAAAAGGGAAAUCCUCAUGGGUAUUUUUGAAAAAGGUUGGGAGAAGCCAUCUCCCAUACAAGAGGCUUCAAUACCUAUUGCUUUAAGUGGAAAGGAUGUCCUUGCAAGAGCUAAAAAUGGCACAGGCAAAACAGGCGCUUAUUGUAUUCCAGUCUUGGAACAGAUUGAUCCAAAGAAAGAUUGUAUUCAAGCAUUAGUCGUUGUACCAACUAGGGAGUUAGCUUUACAGACAUCACAAAUUUGUAUUGAGUUGGCUAAACAUACAGACAUUCGUGUGAUGGUAACAACAGGAGGCACAAACUUGAGGGAUGACAUAAUGCGUAUAUAUCAAAAUGUUCAAGUGAUAAUUGCCACACCAGGCCGGAUGAUUGAUCUCAUGGAUAAACAGGUAGCAAAGAUGGAACAUUGCAGGAUCCUGGUACUAGAUGAAGCUGACAAGCUUCUAUCCCAAGACUUCAAAGGCAUGUUGGAUAUGGUCAUCAACCGGUUACCUAAAGAACGCCAGAUCUUGCUUUUCUCAGCAACUUUCCCAUUAAGUGUAAAGCAGUUUAUGGAGAAGCAUCUCCGAGAACCAUAUGAAAUUAACCUGAUGGAAGAGUUGACUCUCAAGGGAGUUACACAAUACUAUGCUUUUGUGCAAGAGAGACAAAAAGUACAUUGUUUAAACACACUAUUUUCUAAGCUGCAAAUUAACCAGUCAAUAAUCUUCUGCAAUUCAACGCAACGAGUGGAACUGUUGGCAAAAAAAAUAACAGAACUGGGAUAUUGCUGUUACUACAUUCAUGCAAGAAUGGCUCAAGCGCACCGUAACAGAGUGUUCCAUGAUUUUCGUGCAGGGCUGUGCCGUAACUUAGUGUGCUCUGAUUUAUUCACUAGAGGUAUUGAUGUGCAAGCCGUCAAUGUCGUCAUCAACUUUGACUUCCCGCGCAUGGCAGAGACAUACCUGCAUCGCAUUGGACGCUCAGGUCGCUUUGGUCACCUUGGUAUCGCUAUAAAUCUAAUCACUUAUGAAGACCGUUUUGCUCUUCAUCGCAUCGAACAAGAAUUGGGAACAGAGAUCAAACCCAUCCCAAAGGUGAUCGACCCGGCGCUGUAUGUGGCGCGUCCGGAGGAUGACAAUGGCGACAAGUAACGCCAUGCCGAAUAAACAGUGUGAAAUCCUUUAGUUAUCUGGACUCUGACUGGUGAAAGGAAUUUAAAAAACUUGAUUAAUUUGUGAAAAGUGUAAUGAAUUUGUAUCAAAAUGUGUGUGUAUAUAGUUUAUCAUGAAAUAAGACUUAAACCUAAGAAGGUUUUUUAAAAGUGUACAUAAACAUCUGGACUCAAUGGCAUCUUGACGCUCUAUGUCCAUAUUGGAUUAAGUGCGUGGUUUCCUAUAUGAUUGUUAAAACAUAAAAUAUUUAUCUGAACACUUGUGCGUGAGAGAGUCUAUCUAGAUUUGUAUGUGGUUUUUUGAAAUAAAUUUUGGUAGACUUUCAACUAUCACAACUUCCCUACCCAUGUAGAAAUCACAUUUGAGCUAGCACUGGUUUUAUUUCAUAAUACAAAUAGUACUGGCUAUGUGGGUAGGCAAAGACUAGCUCAAAUUAACCAAAGUUUUGUAUCAUAUCAUAUUUUGUAAUUGUCUGUGUCACAAGCAUUGCUUUCUGUCCACUUGGAACAAUGCUUAUAAAUACAAGCCGUCAUUUAAAAUCAGAUUAUGACAAGUGAAACAAUUUCUGCAAAAUGAUGCUCAACAUUGUUAAGUUAUAUCAAACGAGUAUUUAAUAAGUAUCUUGAUCAUAAUCUGAUAUCAUGUUUGUGUUGAGUUUAAUAUAAAGUGGUAAUGUCACAAUUUCCAGCAAGUAGGCCACAGGGCAUGUACUAUGCUAUUAAUUAAUACAAAUUGUCCAACUUGGAUAAUGUGACAUAUAACGAGGUGGAGGAAUGGUUUCAUAAUGUUUCGGCUUGCAUUAUGGCCAUUGCUCUGUCUGAGGGGUUAAUAUAGAGGGCAAUUGUGUUCAAUUUGUUAAACAUUGUUCUCUGGGGAAUUAAAUUUUGGAUGUCAGGUGAAGAGUUAAAUAAUUUGGUCUAACUCAGACUAUUGUCACUUGUUCAAUAUUGCCUUUUAAAAAAAAUUUAAGUUAUUUUAAGUUUGGAACACUUAUUGUAUGUUUGUCUAUAUUGAUUGAUAUGUAACAAUAACUAGUGCAAUUCCCUGAGUCACUGAGUGGCUCCAUAUCUGUGAUACAAUGCAGUGUGUGAAAUAGUCUGGUUGGGAGUAUUGGUAAAGUUGUAUUGUCUUCCUUUGGUCUGUGUGAGUGGUUGUUAUCUAAAUUAACUUGCAAUUGUUUGUACUUAACAAUACAGUGAUAUCUUAGUGGUACAAAAUGUUAUACUUCGAAAUUGAAUACUAUAUAUUUUAAUAGAUCCAGACAAUGGGGGAAAUGAGCAUAUCCAAGAAAUAUUUUUAUAUGUUAAGUUAAAUUAUGCUCUUAAAAGUAUACAGAGAAUAAUUAUAUUAAUUGUCAAAGCCAGAGUGAACUAGUUAAAUACUUCCAACAUUUCAGUUGGUAAGGUUCAUAAGUGUUCUAUAUUUGAUUCUGCAAUAAAAAACCAGUGAUCAAUUUUUUCUGAAAUUAUAUUACUUUUAUGAGGCGAAUGAUAAGUCACAGCUGAAAUGUGAUUCAAACUAAUUUUUAAAGUAUUGUAUAUGCAUAAUUUGUUAUUUUUGUGGGAAAAAAUCGUAUUUAAAGUGGGCCAAAUAAAAAACUCUUCACAAA